UCCUUUCUCAGAAACAACGUCAAGAAAUUACACAACGAGGAGAAAGUGACGCCCAAAAAGCUCUAAAUUUAAGGAAGUGUCAGACACUGAGGUAGACCGGCAGCAGAAUGUCUGUUUUCAGGUGGAUUGAAGUUUCCUUGUUCCUGAAGCUGCUGCUCCAUUUGACAGCGGUUAUUGGACAGCACUCUUCCUCCUUUGUCGUCAGAGUUGGAGAUGAAGCCACUUUGUCCUGUGAAAAUGUGAGAGAUGAUCAGGAUCAAUGUGACAGAACUGACUGGAUGUUCAGUGAUACAGUGAACACAGUAGAGCUGGUUAGAUUUGGGCAGAUUAGUGAAAACAUUAAAUCUAAAUCAGACAGACUGAGUGUCACAGAGAACUGUUCUCUGGUUAUAAAGAAGGUCACAGCUGAGGAUGUUGGUCGUUACAUCUGCAGACAGUUUGACAGAUCAGGACGACGACAAGGUUCAGAUACUGAUGUUUAUCUGUCUGUUGUUACCAUGACUGAAUAUGAAGAUGAGGAUAACGUCACCUUGUCCUGCUCUGUGUGGACACAUGGACCCUGCAAACACACAGUGAAGUGGCUGUAUGAGGGUAAAGAUGUGGACAAAGACAUGGAAACAUCACAGUCUCCCUGCUUAGCUACUGUGGAAUUCACGACUCUGCAUCAUUUAAUCUAUUAUAAGUUCUUCAAGUGUGAAGUGACUGAUGGUAACAACAGGCAACAGUUUACCUUCAGCUCUCAGUCCUCAGUUACUGCAGAUGAUGAACAUGAGGGAUUUUGUCACUGUGCACUUUGUCAGGCUUUGUUAUUCAUUUGUUCAGGUGGGGAUGGAACAACAACAACUACAACAGCUGGUUCAGGUUGUUCAGCUCUGAACUCCAUCAUGUUGCUGAUGCGUGUGGCUGAACUCCUCCUAAUCACUGUGAUUACUGUUCUUCUGAUCAGAGCUCGAGGGAACCAGAGACCACCUGAUGACAACACUGUUUUAAACUCAGUAAGAAGCCGAGCAGUGACGCCUUCUGGUCCAGCAGCCAGUCAGGUGCAUAAUGCUGAGGGUGAAGGUGAUGGUAGAGUCAACUAUGAAAACUUUAGAGGCACUUGUGUCUCUGCCAGACUCCACUGACAACUUCCAGAUGUUUGAUCAGUGAUUUAAAGUAUUAAGUCAGUUUUCAUUUGUAGCAUUGUUUGUAAAUAGUUGAUAGUCCAGUGUAUUUUUGGAAAUUUUGAGCUUUCAGCCUAGAGUUUUAUGUAUAACUGUACAAUUUCUAAAUGGAAAAUACUCUUGCUAAUAAAAUAGAUGGAGUCCCCCAGG